AUGUCCGACGGUAAAUGCCAAAGCGAAUGUAUUGAGCCGCCUUGCGCAAAGAAAAUUAAAAAAGACGAACAAAAUGAUAACAGUGUAACAGAAACUGAUUUAAAAUUGAAAGACUUUAUUCCAAGCAAGAUUUUGAACAAUAAUACAAAUAGAAAAACAGUUUGUGUGCUUGGAAAUUUUAGAAACAAAAGUGGUGUGGCGUUAAUAAUUCUCGAGAAAAAUGCUUUCAAAGAAGAUCACUUAGACAGUAAGGGUUACUUUUCCGAAGAUUGUGAGCUUGCAACGUUCUUUCAGAACGAUAUUUACGGAAAUUUUGAGUGUUUCCCGAAACCUGAAAUUAACGGUGUGAAGACAACUAUUAUUUAUCCAGCCAGCGACAAACAUAUAGCAAAAUUCAGUCAACAACAAGUCCACAUAAUAUUGGAAACUCCGGAGUGUUAUAAUAAACUAACAUUACCACAUAUUGAAAAGGAACAAUUGAGAUUACAGUGGGUAUACAACAUAUUGGAAGGAAAAAGCGAGCAAGACAGAAUAGUACAUGACAAUAAAUGUGAAACGGAGGGGUUUGUUUUAGUUCUGGAUCUUAAGUGGGACGGUAUUACUAAAGAAACACUCUAUUUACUGGCAAUUGUUAGACAGAGAAAUAUUAAAUCAUUGAGAGAUUUGAAUGAAACACAUUUGCCGUUACUGAAAAGGAUUCGAGACGAGGGAAAGAAAGCAAUUUUUGAUAAAUACAAAGUAAUCGGCAGUCAGUUAAGAAUCUAUCUACACUAUCAACCCUCGUUUUAUCAUCUACACAUACAUUUCACUUACCUCCGACACGAAGCGCCCGGAAUAUAUGCUGAGAAGUCACAUUUACUCGACACAGUUAUCAAUAAUAUUGAAAUGAUGGGUGAUUAUUAUCAAAAAGCAACUUUACCGUUCUGUAAAGGCGAAAUCGAUUCACUGUUCAAUGUAUAUGAAACAAAUGGUUAUGUUACUAAGAUUCAAACGGACGAACUUAUUGAUAAAUAG